AUGUUGAAGCUCACGGCGCUCGUUGCGCUCUUGCUGGGCGCGGCGUCUGCUACGCCGACUCCUAGCCCUCCUGCCAGCGAUGAGGGCAUCACAAAGCGUGCCACCAGCUUCUACUAUCCUAACAUGGACCAUGUCAAUGCGCCCAGGGGUUUCGCUCCUGACCUGGAUGGAGACUUCAACUACCCAAUCUAUCAGACUGUCAACGCAGGAGAUGGAAAUGCUCUCCAGAAUGCUAUCAACACUGAUGGAAAGGGUGGCUCUCGUCACCCACAGUGGUUCGCCUCACAGCCACGAGUUGUUUACAUUCCUCCGGGAACAUAUACCAUCUCCAAGACUCUGAGAUUCAACACUGAUACCAUUUUAAUGGGUGACCCAACUAAUCCUCCCAUUAUUAAGGCUGCUGCCGGUUUCUCAGGCGAUCAGACUCUUAUCAGCGCUCAAGACCCCUCCACCAACGAGAAGGGAGAGCUUUCUUUCGCCGUAGCUAUUAAGAACUUGGUAUUGGACACUACGGCUAUACCAGGUGGAAAUUCAUUUACUGCCCUAUGGUGGGGUGUUGCUCAAGCUGCGCAUCUGCAGAAUGUACGCAUUACUAUGAGUUCUUCCUCGGGCGGAAACGGCCAUACCGGCAUCCGGAUGGGUCGCGGCUCAACACUCGGCCUCGCCGACGUUCGCGUUGAACGCGGCCAGAACGGUAUUUGGAUUGAUGGACAUCAACAAGCAUCAUUUCACAACAUUUACUUCUUUCAAAAUACCAUAGGCAUGCUCAUCAGCGGCGGCAAUACCUUCAGCAUUUUCUCGUCAACCUUCGACACCUGUGGAACCGGCAUUUCAAACACUGGCGGUUCACCCUGGAUUGCCCUGAUUGACGCAAAGUCAAUUAACUCUGGUGUUACCUUUACAACCAAUCAAUUUCCUUCAUUUAUGAUUGAGAAUCUGACUAAAGAUAAUGGCACACCUGUCGUCGUUGUCCGAGGCUCAACUUUGGUUGGCGCUUCUAGCCAUGUCAACACUUACUCUUACGGCAACACCGUGGGCAGAAACCCUACUUAUGGCGAUGUUACUUCUAGUAACACGAGACCUGGUGCUCUUGCUCCUGGUGGCCGUUACCCUUAUGUGGCCCCCCCUACUUAUGGAGAUCUGCCCAUCUCCAGCUUCCUCAACGUCAAAGACCCUGCGCAGAAUGGAAAUCGUCAGGUCAAAGGGGAUAACACGAUUGAUGAAGCAGCACAAUUAAAUGCCAUCCUGGAACUUGCAGCAAGCCAGAAUAAGGUUGCUUAUUUUCCUUUUGGCAAGUAUCGGGUGGAUUCCACUCUUUUUAUCCCUAAGGGUUCCCGUAUCGUGGGUGAGGCUUGGGCCACCAUCACCGGCAACGGCAACUUUUUCAAGAACGAAAACAGCCCACAACCCGUUGUCUCAGUUGGCCGUGCAGGAGAUGUUGGAAUUGCACAGAUACAAGAUGUAAGAAUCACGGUUAACGAUGUGCUCCCAGGUGCUAUUUUGCUUCAGUUCAAUAUGGCUGGCAACAACCCUGGUGAUGUUGCUAUUUGGAACUCUUUGGUUACUGUUGGUGGCACACGAGGUGCUUCAGCCUUGGCUAAUGCUUGUACCAACAAUAGCAAUGAAUGUAAGGGUGCUUUCAUUGGUAUCCACGUGGCGAAGGGAUCAUCUCCUUACAUUCAAAAUGUUUGGAACUGGGUUGCGGAUCACAUCGCUGAGAACUUCAGUGGCGGCACCUCGAUCGCAGGCAAAGGGGGCAUCUUGGUCGAAUCUACGAAAGCAACCUGGCUGUAUGCGAUAGGAAGUGAGCAUUGGUGGUUGUACCAACUCAAUCUUCACAAUGCCGCCAACGUUGUUGUGUCUCUGCUUCAGGCGGAGACCAACUACCACCAAGGCGCCAACACGCAGCAGAUUCCUCCCGCUCCUUGGGUUGCAAAUGUUGGCACUUGGGGUGAUCCUGAUUUUGCUUGGUGCAACGGCGGCGAUAAAAGAUGCCGUAUGGGCCCUGCAAACUUCAUCAACGGAGGUUCCAACAUCUACACAUAUGCCUCCGCGGCAUGGGCGUUCUUCAGCGGGCCUGGCCAGGGCUGCGCUCAAUUCGAAUGUCAACAAACCAUGCACUGGAUUGCUAGCACCCCAAGCAACCUUCAGGCUUUUGGACUCUGCUCCAAGGAUUCCGUCAACACACUGCGUCUGGGCGACGGCACAUUUAUCAACACCCAGAAUGGAUACACUGGCGGCUGGACUCCCGGCGGUGGUGACGUUGGCCGUUAUACUACUUAA